AUGGUCAAGGCUGCACGAUCAAAAAAGGAUGGACCUCCGCUAGUAAAGGUCCCAGAGAAUCCAGAGAACAAACCAACUUGCUGUUUCUGCAAGCAGCCCGGUUUGAGAGAUGACGAGAUACCGAUGAAUGUGGACACUUGGCAGGAAAAGAAAACACUGUCCAUAGUGGCCAGAAAUGACGAAGUAGCGAAGGAAAAGCUCGAGACUGAUCCGAAGUUCGCUCGACCACAUUAUGCUCCGGUCGAGUUUCAGGCGUACUACGGCAACUGGUUCAAGGACGAGUUCUCCCAGUUGGAUGACAAAGAUAUAAGCUGCCAUGAGGCAUGCUUAUUAUUUUCGCCGAAUCUGUACAUCCGAGAUCCGGAAGACGACGAAAAAGCUCUUCCAAAAGAUCUCCAUCACCAGACAAUUGGCGGGUCCGGUAUCCUUCGCGAAGACGUCCUCAAAGAACUCGGUCGUGCGAGAAUCCACAAGUGCUUCAUCUGCAAAAAAGGAACUGCUAACGUCGGUUGCGCUCAUAAGACCUGCCGUCUUACUUACCAUUACCCGUGUGCUCAAAAAUUUGGGCUGGUAAGUGUGCUCGAUAAUCAGUCCAAUUCAUCGUACUGCUGGAGGCACGCGACGAGAAAAUACAGAUAUCCGCAUGCUCGUGGUCAGGGAAAAUAUUGCUUGGAUGUCGAACUGAAGGUGAACAAAGAGAAUGAUUAUGAGCUGCGACUUGACUACCACGCGCCGAUGUACAAGCGAUUAUCGACGAACACUAAGAGCGGAUUCCGAGAGCAAGAUUUUUCUGAGAAGGGUUACGUCCUGCUCGUCGAAGAUUUCAUCAAGCAGAGAAAGGUGAUCGAGACGGGCUUUGAAAUCAAAUGGAAGAAUCUUCAUGAUCUGUCCAAUAUGACAGACGAGCAGAAGAAGAUCAAUGCACAAAAGAAAAUGCUCGCACUCGACGAUGAAUUCCAGAGUUAUUUCGCCAUGAAGAAGCGAGACGAGCGACUCUUUACCUGCAACUGCUGCGGCGAGUAUUUCAGCGAUUUGAAGGAUUUGGUCGUCGCCAAGUGCUGCAAAUUCGCCAAUUUCCAUCGACACUGUCUCACCAAAGCUGGAGUGACCCAGGGUCUCUGCCACUUUCGAUGCCCUCUAUGUCAAGAAACUCAGGACCAGCUAUUCGUAAAGUCCUGCAUCGCCCAAGGAGUGUGGAUUCCCAACAGACUUCCUUUGUCCGAACUCGACAUGGGAUUCGACGACCAGUACGAAGGAAACAAGACCAAGUUGUGCAGCUUGUACAAUAAGGACGAAAAAAAGAAUAAAUGCAAGUUGAAGAAAGACGAAGGCUUCGACGGAACUGAGGAAGAAGUCAUCAACUGUGAUGACUGUGGAAGCAACGGAGUGCACAUCGCCUGCAAUGAAGACUUACUCGCCACAUUCAAUGAAGAGAAUCGACGACGACUUACUGAUCCGAACUUCAACGCAAAGUAUGAUUAUGUUUGCUCCGUCUGUGGCCCGGCAAUCGAAAGUGAUGGUGAAGAUACGCUCGUGGAAGAACCGGAAGAGCAGGCGAUGGAGCAGGAUACAGUAAAAACGCCGACUAAGAAGCGAGAUACCAGCAUCCUGGACGAGCUGGAAGAAAGUAGCGACGAGGAAACUCCAAUCAUGGGAAAGAGCAACUCCGUCGAAUCGACCACGCGCGAGAUCAGAUCAGGCAUCGGAGGCUUGCAUAUGAUUCGAGAAGAGGAUGUUCCCGCACCUGAGACCCCGACAAAAAGGAACAAACGAAAAUUGAGUUCCACUUUUGAAGCUGGCACACCGACUAAGAGGACUAAAAACUGCAAGUCAAGAUCGAUUUCCAGCUUCUUUUCAAAGAAAAACUAG